GUCUAGUUUUAUUCCUGGAGGAAGAGGAUAUAGUGGCUGAAGAUUUUUUGUUUGUGCUCUACAAAAUGCAGAAAUCGGCCAAGAAGUUAUGCGCUCAUUGCAAUAUCUUUAGUCUGGGUGGCAAUUUAAGUUCUCUCAAGGUCAAUUCGAAACGAGAUGACAACGCGUACUCCAAGGUUCAAUAUGCAGCUUGGUCAAGUGAAGAGCAUGCUGUAGCAGUCGCCUUCAAUGCAAGCACCUGGUCGGAAAUCCUUAGUUGUGCUCAAGACUUCUGCACAUACGACGAUUGUAAUUGGGACAAAUCAUUGCAACACAUAGGCGAGACGUGCAUCAAAGGGGGCCUUAAUGUGCUUACUGUCAAGAAGCCACGAGUUUAUUCCACUCGAAAUUGCUCAUACCUAAGUAUGUCCAAGGCAAAUUUUGAGCUUGGGUCAGCCAGUAAACUUGGCCAGCUUUAUCCGGCCACACUUAAAUUAUCCAGUUCUAUUCUAAAAGCUGCAACCAAGCCGCCCAUCGAGGUCAUGAAAA